AUGUCCGCCUCGGCCGUCGCGGCACCGGCCGCCGGCAGCAGCAGCGCCAGCAGCAGCAGUGGCGCCGCCAUGUCGCCCGUGCAGCAGACACUUUCGCGCCACAGCGUCGCCACGUCGGGCGGGCCGGGCGCCGGCAAGGUGCGCCUCGACGCGCUCCUCGUCGGCGGCCAGCGCCACCUCUUCGACUUUGAGCCCGAGACGACCGUCGAGCAGGUGCGCCGCACCUUCUGGGAGGAGUGGCCCGCCGACUGGCCGCUGCGUCCGCCACAUGCCUCCUCGCUGCGCAUCCUCCACAUGGGCCACUUCCUCGACGACCGCGCCCCGCUCUCCGGCGAUGGGCCAGCGGCGGGCGGCGGGCCGGCAGCAGGGCCCAUGCCGCUCGGACGCACGACCGUCGUGCACGUGCUGAUCAAGCCUGUCAAGACGGAGAGCAUCCGAGGCGAUGACGAAUCGCUCAAGAAGAAGGACGAGGUGCCGUCCAGCUGCUGCUGCGUCAUCUGCUAG